AUGCGCACGAUCUUACUGAUGGGCAUCGAUAGCAAGAUGGAUCCUUCUCAUGUCAUGCGGCAGAGAAACAAUAGGCCUAUAUGUCGCAUGUGGCAGAUGGGUCGCUGCCACCUGAGCAGCAUCCAGUGCGAAUUCCGCCAUGCCGAUCCUGCCAUGGUUGCGCAGCCUAUGCUUGCAGAAGGGUUUGUUCCUCAACCUCGUUCUUCUGAUGCUCGCUGGGAAUAUGGCAAUCAUGUCGUCCACAGAGACAGACAGCCACUACAGGAGAUUGUGCUCCCUGCUUCUUCGACAUCAGUCCAUGAGUAUGAGCAAGACCACCAGAGUGCUCAGGAAGAAGCUGGCCAGAGCACUUGGGGAAGUCCUAGAAGCAGUCCACAGCGUUGGUCCAACACCAACCCUGCUAGAGAAACGCAGGCUGGUACGUCUGAUAAGUUGGCUGUUUUGACCUGCUCAAGCUGGACCAUUGAGACGGCGUGCUGA